AUGCCAAUGAUUGAUGCGUUAAAAUUAAUUAUUCAACAAGAAGAUAAAUUAAUGCAACAACCAUUUACUGCUGUUUGUCGAAUCUUACAUUUGAAUUAUUUAUUUCAUCAAUUAGAUCAAAAUAUAAUUAUUAAUCUCGUCAGAAAACGUUUUCUAUUGAUGUGUAUCGAAGCUCAAUGUUCGAAAACUAAACUUGGUCCACAACAUUUAAUUAUAAUACGACAACAAUUGUAUGAUAUUAUAUUCGAUACAUUUUGUGAUAUUCCACAAAAAAAUUCUUUCCGACCUGUAAAUAUUGAUUAUAAACAAUUAAAAGAAUUUUUAAGUACGUUCUAUGAAAGUUUUAUUUUGACUGUAAAUAAACUUUCGAUGGAAAUUGGUGUUGAUCAUUCGAACAUAUUACCAGGUGAAAUUGUCUCAUUCAUACUUCACCUUCUUACAACAAUACCUAUUCAUGAUCGACCAAUGAAGUUAUAUACAGAUUUUGCUUUAAAAUAUCGAGAAGUUCGUGAAAAUAUGCAAAUUCAAUGGCCUGAUUUAAUUAAAAUGGUCGAUAAACAUGUUUUUGGUACGUAUCAUUCUCCAUCUAAAAUACUUUUAACCAGUUAUGCAAUUAAUCUUGGUCGUUUUUCUUGUCCAAGUAAAUUAUUUUUUUUUACCGAACCUCUUUGGGAUAUGAAUAUGAAUAAUCAACGUAUCAAUUUGACAACAUUGGCUAAUCAACUGAAAGCAAAACUUGAUCAAAAAUUAACAGAAUGGUAUGGAAAUUCAACUCCGAAUGCAUCUAGUGCACAUACUAUGCUACAUAGUAUUGUUGCUAGUGUUCUCGAAGAAUAUCAUGAUACAAAUGCUGAAACAAUUACUGCUCCGAUGAUCAUGGAUUGUAUGAUCAAAAUUGGACAAACAGCGGGUAGAAAAGGCAACAUUUAUAGCGAACAUGUUUUCCCUUUGGUCGUUUUGACUAUCGAAGAUUAUUUGAAAUUUCGUAAAACAACACCAAAUAUGACCAUUGCCAGUAAUAAUAUGAAAUCACGUUCUUAUGAAUACAAAGUUCUUGCGGAAUUAUUGACCAUUGGAAUGAACUAUGAUAAGAUAACAAAUGAAAUUGAUUUCGAUGAAUCUCGUUUGAAAGUUCCACGUAUCAUCAAUCUAACAGAGAGUAAACUCGAUUUCAAUGAUUUGAAAAGAGAAGUACAAGAACUGUAUCGAAAAACAAAAGCUAUUGACAACAGCCUUGUGACUCAAACAUGUCUCAAUAUUGAAAUAAAAGAUUUUGUCGAAUUUGGCUACAAAAUGGAUGCCCAAACUCUACUACCUAUAUGGGAACUUGAACAAAAAAAUAUUGUUUCAUCGAUCGUAACCGAUAUUGAUCAAAUUGAUCAACCGAUCAGAUAUGUUGCCGGACUCGAUAUAAGUUUUGUUAAGACGAAUGAUAAAGCUGUAGCUGCUAUGGUCAUUUUCGAUUAUGAAACAUUGAAUAUAGUAGCUAAAAUUAGUAUUAAUUGUUAUAUGAAAAUUCCAUACAUUCCAACGUAUUUGGCGUUUCGUGAAGCACCUGUUUUUAUGAAGUUAAUCGAUAUUCUUAAAGAAAAUUGUCCAGAAUUGACACCACAAGUGAUUCUUAUCGAUGGUAGUGGUGUUUGGCAUCCGCGUCGAGCUGGUAUCGCUUCACAUUUCGGUGUACUCAGUGGAAUUCCAUGUUUUGGUGUAACAAAAAAUGUUCUCAAUGCUGAUGGUAUUACUUUUGAAAUAGUCGAAGAUUUACUUAAGAAACAAGCACCUGAAGAAAAUCAAUAUGUUGAAAUUAUUGGUGACAGUGGUGCUGUUCUCGGUUUGGCAUAUAAUAUUACUGGUUUCGUCAAGAAUGCGGUCUAUAUUAGUGCCGGACACAAGAUUACGCUCAAAACAGCAUGUGACAUUUUCAAGAAUGUCACCAAAUAUCGUAUUACCGAACCGAUUCGUCAAGCGGAUCUUUUGAGUCGGGAACUUGUGGCCAAACUCGCCUAA